GAACAAUGAGUUUUCCGCUCAAAUUGUUUCGGACGUUUGUUCUGGCAAUGCUUAAGUCCUUGACCUGAUUCGUUAGUAUCAAUGAUGAGAGUCGUAUUUAGCACGAUAUUGUUUUUGUGUGUAAGCCUUGAUAUUGCCGUAUGUAACUCAGAAGUGAAUGAUGAUUCAUCUGCAAGAACUACGCUACAACUGCGUGAUAGUGUGGAGUUUUCUUACUCGAUAUCAAAUUCUUUUUUGGAUCUUAUUCGUGGUCAGAAACCACCAACAGCCGUCUUUGAAACCUUUGUCAAUAUUCAAACUUCUCACCACUCAAGACUCGCAUAUAGAAGCAUUGAGCCCGUGAGUUGCUGUUUCUGUCUUUGUUUUACGUUGUGAUCUGAUUUUUGCAAAAGGCACUGUGUUUUGUCACAUUUUUACCGUUUUGAACCUGCUCGUGUUCACCCGCUAACCACUUGUUUAGGCCGUCUUAAAGACGCAACUAGUUUCCUCGCUCCAUGCAGGUUUUCCUGCAAAGUGGUCGAAUCCUGUGGUUAACUGCUGAGGGAAUUCAUGUGAGCACCUUCAGUUGAAUACUUUAUGAGAUGGAUAAACACAAGCAUGAUAGAAAGUUGUAACGACAUACUUGGGAUAUGGCAUAUGUCUUGUUGUCGGUCUUCUAUUUGCUAUUUUUAUGCCCCUUGUUGGAAUCGUUUUCUUCUGUGCUCGGUGCUGUGGAAAAUGUGGUGGACGUGUGCAAUUUGUAGAUUCCAAACACGAUCCCUGCAAACGAGUUGUAUACACAGUGUGCCUAGUCUUAAUUGUGACUUUCCAAUUGGCUGCUGUUGUUUUGGCUUUCAUCAAUCACUACUUAUUUCAUGAAGCUUUGGUCAGCAGAGACCCGCGCAUAGGUGCUUUUAGUCAAGCUAACCUUAGCCUUGUUGAGUUUGAAGAGGCUCUAAAAGAUAUGGUACAGAUGGCAAAGAAUACCUCCUCAACAGAUCUUAGUAAACAAAAAGAACGCUUCAUGCGAAUUGUAGAUGAUAGCCUUGUCAGUUUUCAAGAAGAUUUUACCAAACUGUCUCAAGCGAAUAAUGUAUCUGAUGCAAUUUCAGAAUUUCAAACAACUGCACGAGCUUUCCUCCCUGGAUCUGAGGCAAUCGCACAAAUCAGUUACUUCAACCAUUCACUUUACGAAGUGAUCUCUGAAUUACCUACCAUUCGUCAGGGUUUGACUGAUACAUUGAAUACAGGUUGUCCCAUUGAUAAGAUCAUUGAAUGCCGAGAAUUGAUGGGACUGGCCAACGAUCAGUUAAAAAUUCGUGUUUCACCAAGUAUGUUCAAACUAGACGAAGCGUUUUCUAUUUCUAAUCAAAUUCAACGGCAUCUUCCUGAUGUUGACUAUCUCAGUGAAUUUAAUGGAACUAUCAACAAUCUGGCCGCAAAUGUGAAGCGUUCCAUUAAUGGUGAUCUAGAUCGUGCCUGGAACGAUUUAGCUCACUCUCCAAAGACACGAGAGAAACUAGCUAGUGUAUUCGAACAUAUUAUGGUUAACAUAAGCACCACUUUAAAAUUUAUUCGUGAUCGAAUUUCAUUGGAGAUUAAUGAAGAAGUAAAUGAUCAUUAUUUACGAGCUGUCGAGUAUGUGUUAUAUGGCGGAGUGGCUCUGCUGUGCAUUCCCAUUUUAAUUUUCUUGAUAUUAUAUCUUGGACUAUGUUUUGGUACUUGUGGUGAUCGUCCAUAUGAAGAGGCCGGUUUGUGUAAUCGGGGUGUCGGCGCCAAUUUUUUACUUGCAGGUGUAGGAUUCAUGUUUCUUUUCUCAACUAUCUUGAUGGUCUCUUGCAUGGUACCUUUCCUUUUUGGCGGAACUUUGCAAACUGAAGUUUGUCGAUAUCUGACUGGUCGCUAUCCAGAUGGUCCCCGAAAAAUGGACCAAUACGUUUUUCAAAGUUUGAAAUCAAUUUUUCUUACCGUUGAAGGGUCACUACCGAACUCGUCUAAAUCUAGGACAUUUCAUGUUGAUAAAAAUGAACUGGAGGCUAUCAGGUCAACGUUGGAUAUUAUUCAUUUUAAUCUGUCAGAUGCUAUUUUGACUCGAUGUGAAAACGAACCAUUCGUAGAAGCAAUCAGUACAGGAGAGUUCGUUUCCCCUAUACUUGCUGAUGCAAUUGACGGAAUUUUGCAGGGUCUCAUCGAGUCAUUUAAGAAGGUCGAUAUAGAAUCUCCAUUUCGCCGUACUAUCGGGUCGUGUUUAGCAGCUUUUGAACGUCUCAAAUUUCUUUCUGCUGUUAAUUUCAAGGAAGCUAUCAACCAAGUCAAUACUCCACUAACUUUUAUUGACAAUCUCGGUGAAUUUGUGUCAAGGUUGAAGGCUUUAAAUAUGGAAUCUUUAGCUCCACAUAUUCAAACUCUUGUGAAUGGACCUGUGGAAUUAGAUGCCACUCGUGAUAACAUUCACACCUUGUUUGUCCGAUUCAAUAGUUUACCGGAUCAAAUGAAUCUUGCAAUUAACAAUCUUAAUAGAUACAAUCAAACAUUAUCUACUUCCGUCCAGUCUUCUAUGAAUCGUGGAGUUAACAGAUUCCAUCCACUUUUAACUAAAGAAUUACAAUUGGCUGUUAUAGCCACUUGGCAUGAUAUCCCGUGUCAGUCACUUCGUUUAGCUGCCAAACGUGGAGUCGAUUCAGUUUGUUAUACAUUUUUAAUGCCAUUUAAUGCAUUUUGGACUGGAUUAGGAUUUACACUACUUCUUUUCAUUCCCGGUAUUAUUUUCGCUGUUAAACUGGCUGGUUUGUAUCGCAAAACAGAGAAAUAUAGUCACGAUUAUGAAGAACCGGAUUACAUAUCAUAUCAUGGCUUCUAUAUGAGACCACCAACAGAUUAUCAGGACAAUUCACAUAAAAAGUCAAUCCAAUGGAUCUAGCUCACGGAAUUCCCAUUCACGUUAUCAACAAUUAUCUGUUUAUCCAUAUGAUGCCUAUGAGUAGUAUAGUGUUGGUAAUCAUAAUAGUCGUUGUAGGUUCAUAAAUCAUAACAAUCCUUCAACUCCUUUACACAAUAAUUACUACGCAUACAGAAUAAAAUUGCUCUUGUUCCUUUUGUACACCUUUGGAAACAAAAAAAAUUAAUAAAGAUUCAUUCCCCAUUAAUAUUAUGCACUAAUUAAUUGCUUUUGUGUUAAUCAUCAUAAUCACAUAUUAAUAUUUGGUCAUCAGUUUCUUUCCUCUUCCUCCCUCUUUUCCUGCUAUCCUCUCUGAUCCAUAAUUGUGAUUAGUAAAUAUCACCAAAAAAACGAUCUGUAUAUUAUAUUUCAUGUUAAUCUAUUCAAAUUCCAUUCUUCCUUUUAUUAAAACAAAAUAUAGUGUCCAUUUAUUGUUGAAUUUAUUUUCUCACACAUGUUAACAAAACCAUUUAGUGUUGUCUUCAUUUUUACCUGCGUUUAGGAAUUUUUAGCUUAGUGUUCUGUUGAUUUUCGAAUUCAUUUUUCCUACUUAUAUUGUCGCUGUUGUUAGCAUAUAUUUGAUAGAAUUCACAUACACAACAUGUAAGUGAUUAAUAGUAGAUGCAUGUUUGUACAUGUGUGUACUUGAUUUCCUUUUAUGUAUUUAUUAUUCAAUUUUCUUCUUUGUUUGUUUGUGUGUAUCGCUCAUAAUUUAACUUUAUACUGUCCUUCGUUUCGCUGUAUAAGUCUAUGUAUAUGUUUAUCAUCUGAAUUCCUCUUUUUGGCUUAUGUUUAUAUUCUUACUGUUGUCAAUUUUUUUCUUUUUUCUACCUGCUUCACCUUUCUGAAAUUAUAAAUAAUUAAUUCUGCUGGGUUUUUUUUAUUUUUAACCAACAUAAGAAGUUAUCUUCUUUAUAUUUCCAUAUUGUUUGGAUUAAAAAGUCUUUAAAGUAAUACUAUUAGUUUUCAUUAAAUUUUUCUGUGUAAAUUUCUCUCUGUAUGUAAGUUUUUUUUUCGGGAAGGUGUAGGAGUUUGUUAGUAGAAGAUUUCAUCAAAAAGAAGCAAACAAAUAAAUAAAUUUGAACUAACUUAUUUGUAAGGAAAGAAACAACACACAAACUCUGCACAUUGAAUGAUUUUCUUUUAAAGAUACCAUCAGUAUUUAUACAGAAUACAAUUGUUUAUUACAUUCUAUUUGGUAAUAGUUGUACAAGAUGAGGAAAGUUUUUUCUAAAAAUGAACUGAUUAAACAAUACUUCAUUGUUCCUCAUCUUGUCUUUUUUUUAAUUGAAAGGAAUUUUUCAUGUUUCUCAUUUGUUUAAUACGUUUUAUCAUAACUAAAUUAAUAAAUUGAUUAAAAUUACUACUGCUU